AUGAAAUUAGAACGCAUAAGCAGUAAUGGCUCUUUCAAAAGAGGUAGGGACAUUCAGUCUCUUGACUCUCCAUGCACAAGACCUUCGAAAAAGAUAUCACCGAGUGCAUCUUUCACAUCUCUUAAACACAAAAGGCCUUUCAAGGAUAUUGUAAGAAAAUAUAAAGGACAUCUCUAUCAAAAUGAUUGUAUUUCCAGCUCUAGCAAAGUGAAGGCAACAAGGCCUGAUUUGUCUCUAAAAACAAGCCAAAACUUCCUUCAAAACAAUUUACCAACCACACCUGUAAAGAAAGCCUGUAAUGAAUACAUCUUAACACCGGAAGCCACGCCACUAAAAAAUACCCCUAUUGAAAAUGCAUGGGCUUCCUCUAGAAUUGUUUCUGCCACCAGUCUUUCAAUCGUGACGCCAACUGACUUUAAAAAUGACCUUGUCGAUGAAUUCUCUGAAUUGAGGUUGGUGCAGCCCUCGAUUGUUCAGCAUCGACCAACUCAUGCAGUCUUUGAAAUUCCUGAAAUCGUAGAGAAUAUCAUAAGGAUAGUGGUUUCUUUGGAGUCUGCUAACAUACCAAAGGAAAGGCCAUGCCUACGAAGAAGCCCACAAUCUUAUGAACACUCUUUGCUUAUGUAUAAAGAUGAGGAAAGAGCCAAGAAAGCUUGGACGCAAUCUCAGCUGCUGCAACAGUCACCACUUGCCAUACACAAUAAAAACAAGCAAGGAACUCUGUUCAGUUGUAUGAUGGUUAAUAAAUUAUGGCUCAAUAUAACACGACCUUUCCUUUUUGGAAACUUGCAUUUUAAGAGCGUUCAUAGUUUUAAGAAUUUUUUAAGAACUUCCCAGGAAACGAAUCAGGUCAUAAAACCAUCUCAUUUUGUCUUGCACAAACUGCACCAAAUAACUCAACCAGAUAUAGAAAAACUUUCCAGCCGAAUGGAAUGUCAAAAUUUGAAAUGGCUAGAGUUUUAUGUUUGCCCUAGAAUAACUCCGCCUUUGGCUUGGUUUGAUAAUCUUCAAAAGCUUGAAAAGCUUAUAAUUCCAGGUAACAAACACAUUGAUGACAAUUUUCUACUACGACUAUCACAGAAUUUACCAAAUCUAAAACACUUGGAUUUAAGAGCAUGUGAUAAUGUCAGUGACUCAGGUGUUGUUUGUAUUGCUUUUAAUUGUCCAAAAUUGAAAAAUUUUAACAUCGGAAGGCACAGACAAGGGAACUUGAUUACUAGUGUCUCACUAGUGGCACUAGGAAAAUACACACAAGUAGAAACUGUGGGAUUUGCAGGUUGUGAUAUCGAUGACGCUGGUAUUUGGGAAUUUGCUCGAUUAAAUGGAGAAAAUGUUAAAAGAUUAUCUCUAAACUCCUGCCACCUUUUGAGUGAUUAUUCUUUACCCAUUCUUUUUGCUUUGAACUCUUUUCCGAAUUUGGCAGUUUUAGAAAUCAGAAACUUGGAUAAAAUAACUGACGUGAGGCACUUCGUCAAGUAUAACCUGUGGAAGAAGUCAAUGAGCGCUCCGAUUUUGAUCGAAGCAUGUGAACGUAUUACAAAGUUGAUUGAUGAGGAAGAAAACAGGAUCAAAAGAAUCAACUCCUUUAUUGCCUUGAAAGAUAUGACAGCCUGGGCUAAUGCAGAUGACGAAAUGCAGGACAAGCUAUGGUGA